AUGGAUGGAGCCAAAGAAAAAUCAUCGACAAGUCACAAAAUCUACCAGAGAAGUCAUGGUAUCCACACCGAGGAGAGCCAGGGAUUUGUCCAACUGUUACCUUCUCCCGACCCCCUGGCGACGCUAAGAUGUAAUCUCGACUUGACCAACCUCAAAGAAGACACGGUCCCGUACGAGGUCCUGUUGUACACAAGAGGAAACGACAUCCUGCUCGACGUCUUGCGCAUGGAAGGCGACCAACGAGGGACCAUGAGCCGUGUUAAGAAUAACCAAGAGCCUCUCUGCCACGAUCCGAGACACAAACACAAGCACCCCAUCCUCUGGCUCGACGCCAUCUUCAUCAAACAGCAAGACGACAACGACAAGAGCAAACGGACCCCAUCCAAGUCUGACAUCUACCGCGGUACCACCAUGUCACCGUAUGAGCAGGCAGCAAAACCGAGGGCGAGGCGACGAUGA